GUGGUCAGGUUUGACUUUUCCUUUCUUCUCCUCCAGAAGCUCCAACGCGGUGGUGGCCCGGCUGGUUAGAGAGAGAGAGAGAGAGAGAGGGAAAACGCCAAGAGCUCAAUAUCUCCAAACUGCUACUUCCUAGCUAAGUCGCAGUAAUUUACACACACGUCAUUGCAAUUCCGUGUCGGUACUUCAAGUCAACUUCACUCGCAAAAUCCUUUACUCCAUGCCUCCCUCCAAUCCCUUGAAAUGACGUCCAUCUCACCGGCGGUGGACCUACUCAACCGCUCCCUAUCCGAAAUCUGCGCCGCCGCCGACCACUCCUACGCUUGGGAAAACCCAAGGCGGUUCUCCGCGUACGCCAAGCGACUCCACCUGCUGUUAAACCAGCUGCUCAGGCCUCCGGCGCCGGAGAACCUCUCGCCGCCGGUACAGACGGCGGUUAAGGGAAUUUCCGGAGAGCUGAAGAAGGCCGACGAGGCCUUGUCGGCGUACCGUAACAGGAGCAAGAUAUUCGUCCUCAUCAACUGCCUCUCGCUGUGCGCGUCUCUCCAGGAGUGCACGUUAGCAAUUGGAGGGUGGUUGGCUUUGCUGGACUCUUCAAUUCACGACGUUGUUGAUCUUCGUAAGAAGGUUGCUGAUUUAUCCAGAGAUAUGAAGCAAGCCCAGUUUAAGGUAACGGAGAAUGAGAAGAGAGUGCAAUUGAUGCUGCAAAAAGAAGGGCAAGGUAGACCAACAACCAAAGCAGUACAGAGUGCUAUAAUCAUGGAUUUGGCUAGGGCUUUGGGAAUUGACUCCAAUAACCAUACUGAGUUGUUGGAACAGGUUAAGCUAUUGAAAGAAGAUAUUGCCCGCUCAAAUUCGGUUUCAGAGAGGCGAAUUUUGACAUCACUUGAGAAAAUUAUGAACAGUUGGUCACUUGAAUCGGAUGUCUUGACUCAAAAGUUUGAUCUAGAUUUCGAAGAUGAUGCUCAAAUUUCUCCAUUCAAGAACUUCCUCUGCCCAUUGACUAAGGAGGUGAUGAAGCAUCCGGUGGUUUUGGAGUCCUCACAAAAUUACGAAAGGACUGCCAUUGAGUACUGGUUUCAGCGGUGUAUAGAGGAUGGUCGUGACCCAACGUGUCCUGUCACAGGACAGGUCCUGAAGUCUUUGGAGCUGAACGCAAACAUUGGGUUGGCUGGAGCCAUUGAAGAAUGGAUCAAUAGGAAUGUUGAGAUUCAGAUUAAGUUGUCUGUGCAGUGUCUUAGUGAGGAGUCACCUUCGGAGAAUUGUGUGGAACGAGUUUUGGAUCACAUCUAUAGGAUUUCAGAAGAGCACCCGUCUAGCAGAUACAAAGUGAGAAAUGCUGGUGUAGUUGUUCUUGUAGUUAAUUUGCUUAAGGACAGCUCAAAGAGUAUAGGAUCACUUUUGAGAAGCAAAGCUCUCAUGGUGCUGCUUAGCAUGUCCAAGGAUGAAGAAAGUAAGAAAAUAAUGCUUGAGGAGGGUAUAACCAGAUUGGCCAUACAUAGCCUUAUUGGCAGCUCCGAGAAAGAGAGAGAGUCUGCUGUCAAGUUAUUGCUUGAAUUCUCAAGUGAUGAAGCUUAUUGUACAAAACUUGCUUCAGAAAAAGGGGCAUUAGUUCUGCUGUCAACCACGGCAGGAAAUCUAGAGCAUCCCACUCUUUCUAAUUUAGCUGAGGAAGCUUUAAAACUAAUGGAAAAGGUGGAGGAUAAUGUUCAGCAUCUAGCAGCAGCAGGAAGAUUUGAGCCUUUACUUAAUCGGUUACGUGAAGGUCCUGAUGAUAUUAAAAUAGAGAUGGCAUCUUUGGUGGGAAGAAUGACCAUGACAAAUAGCAGUAAAGAACUAAUUGCUCGCCAAAGUGCUACAAUACUAGUUGAGCUGCUAUCCAAGCCAGAAGGAAGAUCUGCGAGCUUGCAAGCUUUGUAUAAUUUGUCAUCCUUGGAUGACAAUGCAACUAUCCUUGUUGAUUCAGCAGUGCUUCCAGCUCUUACGGAGAUUCUGUUCGAAAAUCAGGAUUUACCACCAGAGCUGAAAGAAUUGGCUGCAUCAAUAAUCGCAAGUGUAGUUUCAAAACCUGGGCACUGGGAGUUAGCAUCCGCAGACAAGAAAGGGAAUUCAAUACAGUCGGAAACAAUUGUCUCAAGUUUUUUGGGCCUCUUAUCUGUGGUAUCUCCUCAAUGUCAAGCGACUAUUUUACAUAUUCUAUUUGGAAUGGCAUCCUCUCCCCAGGCUUCAGAAUCUGUUGCGGGUCAUGUAAUAUCUGGAGAUGGCAUCAAAACAAUUAUAGGAUUUCUCGAGCACCCCGAAGUUGAAUGCAGACUUUAUGCUUUCAAGCUCACUAGAGUCCUCUCUGAAAGGUUUGGUGUAGACCUAGCCAGUGAGCUUAAAGCUUCUAACAAGCUUACUUUACUUAAACAGAAACUACAGAACGAUCAAUCCACAGAUAACGAGAUACCUGAUGCUGCUUGCAUACUCGCAAAUCUUCCCCUCUCAGAAGAUGAUGUGAAGACAGUCCUAGGACCUAGUUUUCUGAAAUGGACCGUUACCACUCUCAAAGAACUAUGUCAAGGAUCCGAUCGUAGAAUUUCCAUGCCUUCAUUGAGCAUGGUGGAAGGGCUUCUUGGUCUCUUACUUCACUUCACAAGGAGUACGGAUCCUCGAAGUGUUAAUCUCAUCAAAGAGCAUCACCUCAUGAACAUCUUCCGGGACCCGCUUGUUCUCAGCUCAAAACCAAGAGUGAAGUACCUAUCUGCCCUUGGUUUGAAAUGCUUGUCGGAAUCUGGAAGGAUCCUUUUUGCCACUGGGGGCUCUGACCCACCACCUCCCCAUGGUUUCUGCUCUCCAUUGGUGUUCAUGUGUGGUAGGGCCUCUCUGGAACAUUCCAAGUGCCCAAUACACAACUCCCCAUGCGAAGAUGACAACCAGUUUUGCUUGUUGAAGAGCAAUUGUGUCAAGCCCCUAGUUGAUCUUCUAUUGUACAAGGACACAAAUGUCCAAAUUGCUGCGGUGGAAGCACUUUCUACACUUUUAGUAGAUUCUUUUAACGAUGGGCUCAAACGAGCAGUUGAGGAGCUCGAUAAGCUAGGUGUGGUGGAUGCAGUGAUCUUGCUUUUUGAAGAAGCUCGACCCGGGGAGCUUCAAGAGAAGACUAGUUGGAUGGUGGAGAGGGUUUUGAGAGUGGAAAGUGUUAGCCAACACCACUCUCUCAAUCAGUCCUUGGUGAGGGCUUUGGUGGAAGCCCUUAAGCAAGGAAAUGCAGUAACCAAGAGCCAUGCACAGGAAGCUCUUACUAACCUGAAGCAGAUAUCAGGGGUUAGUGGAAGGGGAUCAAGUCAAAUUCGGGGUCAAAGGUAAUCUUUUGUUCCCCUACCUUCAACGACAUUUAUGACAUCACGUGUAACACUAAAUCGGGCACAAAGAUAGAUAGUGUUGGCUUGAGUUGAGAAACAAUUCUAGUUAAACAAUAGGGAUAUCGCUGGAAAAUUGAGUCACGAGUCAUGAUCUUGCAACUCCUGAAGAAAGCCAUAACCUUGUGGGUAAGUUAUAAGCUGUGUGUAUAGGAAUAGCAGAAUUGUUGUAAUUAACUAGUUAUCAUAGACAGCAAUUGGUGGUGGAAAUGAAAGAAUCUUUGUACAAAAUUCUAUUGCUGUAUUGGGCUUGUAUCAUGGGCAUUGAACUUUCGGGUUUACCCAUGCCAAUGGCAAUGGGGAAAUAGGGGAAGAGAGAGCUUUAUUUUACUGCAUUGAAA